AUGAAUAACACUGAGAAAUCGAAGGAGGAGGUCGUCAAAGACCUCAAGACUCGGCAGGAGAACUUGUUUGAUCGGCUGCAAACCGAACUCAAGAGUGUGCGUCGAGAUGCCGACAAGGCUCAAGAGAAAAGCAUUUCAGCACAACAUAGCGCUAACCGAGGAAAGCCUGGACGUGCUUUGAAAUCAUCGUCAAGCAAACUCGCCGUUGAUGAACGACAGACCCUUGAAGCUCUUCGUGAAGAAAAGACUUCGAGCAGAACACUUGCACGACUCACUGAAAAGCAAAAAGGUUACGAGGAGAAGAAGGAGUUGCGAAGCAAGGAUCUCCGAGUGCAGACUGCUCGAAAAACUGAGGUCAAGAUUGAAUGGCUGAGCGGCAACUUCACUCGAGAUAUCCUUAUCCGCACCAACGUAGUGAAUAGGAAAUUGGACGCAGAAGUGGACGAGAAGCUUCAAAACGUCUACCAGCAGCUAUUGCAGUCCGGGAUUGACAAGCACGAAUCGGAACAUGAGGCUCGCCUCAAGAAGACGUUGGCUAGCCUGCAGCGGAUCUUCCCAGCGGUGUCUGUUGUCCUUGGACGCAAUAUUGACGCCAUUGUCUUUGACGAGGAGAAGACAGCCAUUGAUUGCAUUGAAAUAUGUUUCUCAUUCACCUGUAUUGUCAUUUCAAGCUUCUUGACAAUGUUCCGCACCUUCGCCAAGGGUGCUUGUUUAGCCGUGGAUGUAGUUCAGUACGAGCCUGCGAUUGAGCGAGCUAUUCAUCACGCUUGUGGGAAUGCUCUUGUUUGCAAAACCAUGGAGGUUGCAAGAUAUGUGUGUUAUGACAAAGGUCAGGAGGUGAAAGGGUUGAUUCGCGUCUGUGACAACUUGCAAUCGCAGCGCCUUGAACUCAGCAAGCAGAAGCCCUGCGCAAAGAGAGACGAAAACCUCGUCUCGGAAGUUUCUCGUCUUGAAUCGGCAAUAACUUUGGCUAGAGACAACGUGUUUUGUAUUUGUUUUCAAUGUGGGUUGCCAUUUUCUCAUCCCCAUCUUUUGAUAAGGCUGCUUGCAAGUCUCACCUUAGUGGCUUGA